UUAUUUCAGCCAUGGCUUACUCACAGCUGGGAUACUCCUACUCCACCACACCUCAGUUUCUGAUGACCCCCGGCUCUCUGGCCGGUUGUCUAGAGGCCGGAACUCCUCCGCCUCACACGGUGCUGCGCUCCCCUGCCCAUCAGCUCACCUCUGGCCCCGGCAUUGGAGUCUACAGCGGAACUUAUCCAAAGAGCCAAGGUUACUAUAACGCCUGCUCCAGCGACGCCACCGCGCUCUAUUCCAGAGGGGCACUAGAUCCCAAAGAUGGAGCUGCAUCUGUGGGGACAUCUCACACUCCUGGUUACUAUCCCUAUGAAUAUACACUUGGACAAUAUCCAUAUGACAGAUACGGGUAUAACAGCUCUGACGGUGCUUCCCGUCGUAAAAACGCCACCCGGGAGACCACCAGCACCCUGAAGGCUUGGCUGCAGGAGCACCAGAAGAACCCCUACCCCACAAAGGGAGAGAAGAUAAUGCUGGCUAUCAUCACCCGGAUGACCCUGACACAGGUGUCCACAUGGUUUGCAAAUGCACGCAGGAGGCUGAAGAAGGAGAACAAGGUUACGUGGUCACCGCGGCCUUGUAAAAGCUCUGAUGACCGAGGCUGUGAUGAAGACAGCGAUGAAGCGGAGAAGCCACUUAAAAGUGACAAAGACGUUCCUGACCAACAGUGUGCGGACCUGCAGAGCGACCUUGAGGACUUCGACCUGUUGGAGUCGGACGGUUCUGACUCUGAACCGAAGCCACAGUUUCUACGUGAGGACAGUGACGCAAACCCAAACACAGAACACUCACACAGGCAUCUCACACACAACCCAGACAACACACUGCACGGAAAAGACAGAUUGUCCCCAGACUGCCCCAAACUCACACAGGUCCAACAGCAAAACAACACCUUCUAUGCUAAUCAAGACCCGCGCAGUACAGACACAAAGCCCAAAAUCUGGUCCAUCGCUCACACUGCUGCGUCUUUGGAUGGCAGCUUGCAGCCAGAAUACCCCCCCUGCAUGCUGUCGUCGACCGGGUCCUCCUCUCCUGGGUAUCCAUCAAAUAUGGCGCUCACCAAGGCAGAGAGGGAACAGGAGUCGCCAGUCGCCACGCUCAGAGAAUGGGUGGACGGAGUUUUCCACGGUCCUCCUUUCCAGCAGCCCAAACCAGCUGAUGUGUGGAAAGGCUUAAAUGAUGCCAUGUUGACAGCCGGACAGUCCUUUGAACUUGUGAAGUCCUCUUUCUAGUCCAAUCAACGCUUCAUUGACGGGAUAUUUCAAAGACUAAUGGACCCUAAAAAACAAUACCUCUAUGUUUUGUUGUUGUGACUUGACCAAUUCACCAUUUGCUAAUCGCUACCUCUGCUAGCUACUGUUACUACGUCUGUCAAACUUCCAUCCUCACACAGCACAAACGCAGUUUACACAGCAGAUUGACCGAAAAGUUCAACACAUUUUUUCAAUGAAUGGGUUCAUAUAGAAGUAGAAGAAAAGUGCUUUCUCACAACUAGCCAACAACCAUUGCAUAGCAGACUUCAUCUAAAGGCCAGCUUACUUAUUAGCAUAAUGCUAGCUUAUAAGAACACCUUACUCUGACAGACUGUUUCAAUGUGUCUGAAAUAUGCAUGGCUACAUACCUGCGGUUGUACUGAAAAUAAGAGAUUUUUAAACUGUAUGCACUCUGCAAAACGUCAGCAUAUCUUCACCACUUGAUGAUCUAUGUAGGAGACAUUAAGUCCUUUGUAAUGACGACUAACUAAUGCACCUGACAGAUAAAACUUUGUCUCAGGUAUUGUUGACUCGUGAUGCUUCGGGUGUAAACUUUACCAAAUCUGGUUAUGAGCCGCUAACGCUAACUGUAGCCACAACUCUAAUAGCAUAUAAGACUGACUUACAAACAAUGCAAUUCAGUGGAUAUUGUAGUUGUUUGAAGCAACAUUGCAAACACACCAAUAAUUAUGGUUAAUGCUCAUUUAUGAUGUGCUCCUUGGCUUUGCAAGUAACUGGUCACUGUUAUUAGCCGUUAGCUAACCAGACACUCUAAUGAGUUUGCAAAGCAUACAAACUGUUUGAUAUAGUGUAUUUGUUAAACCUUUGCUUGUGUUUCCAAUGUAAAAGAAAGACACCACUCUCUAAACUCUUAGCAGUAUUCCUCUAAAUACAGUUCUAUUCACUGAAAAACUGAAUCGUUGACUUUAAUUAAAUAUAUUAUGUCAACAAAUUGCACAUAACUGUAAUAGGUUAGUUGAAAGCAAUAACAUUAAGUUGAAUCUAAUAUAUAUAUUUUAAACUUAAUAAAAUUGCUUUGAAAUAACACAGUUACGUGCAAUUUGUUGACAUAAUACAUUUAAUUAAAGUCAACAUUUCAGUUUCUUCAGUGUACAUGUGAAGAAAUCAAAAAGUUUGACAGACUUGAUGUACGGUUGGUCUGAUUGGACAAUUUUGAUGUGGGGUAGAGGUUAAGCAAUUGGUUGAUUACCAAUGUAUGAUCCUAUUUUGACAGUCUGAAAAGCCCCAACCCUGUCCCAACUCUUUUGGUCCCCAUCAACGGUCAAAUGUCUUUGAGCAAACUGUGUCACCACACACAUUCCUGCAACAAGGUUGU